AUGCAGACGGCGGCGGCCGGGCUCACGGCAAACACGACUCUUCAAUGGUACCGCCGCCUUAAAAAAAUGGGGGGUGACGAAGGGGCGGUAGGCAACCGGUCACGCGCGGGGGGACGACACUUAGGCGCUGAUCAGACCCGCCGAUUCAGCCACGCGACACUCAGCGGCGACGUUGAAAGGGAACCAUGCUAG